GUGAGUUACCUGAGUGGUAGCUGCAGGCUGGGUUCUAACCAGGUAACACGGCCAUCUGUUCUCGAUAGAGAGGAACGAGAUCAUUUGGAAAAGAAAGAUAAUUUCUCCCUUGAGGCACAACGAGAGAGGAACCUGAAAAGAACAAAAGCUAUGCUGCGCCAAUCAAAAUUGAAAAUGUGUUUCAUGUCUGAGCAAUUUUGAGAGAGCUGAUUUAAGUAGACAAGAUGACUGGCUGGCUGAUAUCUCUGACAAACAUUAAAAUACUACUUUUGGCAGUGUCUUGUCUGCGUGUCCGCAUUGAACCUGAAGAAGGCAGCCUCGCAGGGGGAACAUGGAUCACAGUCUUUUUUGAUGGUUUGGAGUUGGGUCUCCUUUAUCCGGCCAAUGGUACUCAGCUAGAGAUCCACCUGGUGAAUAUGGCUGUGCCCGCGCUGCCCAGAAUCCCCUGUGACAUCUCUCCUCUCUUCCUGGAUUUGCCAGCAGUGAUGUGCAGGACCAGAUCUCUGCUGUCUGAAGCCCAUGAGGGUCUGUACUACCUGGAAGUGCAGUCUGGGGGCCAGGUGGCAGGCAGUCCAAGUCCAGGACCAGGAGACAGCUGCACUUUCAAGUUUUCCAGGGCACAGACACCCAUUGUUUACCAAGUUAAUCCAUCAAGUGGAGUUCCAGGAAAUCUGAUAGAUGUGUAUGGCUGGAUUGUCACUGGAAGUUUGGAAACCUUUGAUUUUGACACUGAGUACAUUGAUAGCCCGCUGCUCUUGGAAGCUUAUGGAGAUGAAUGGGUGACACCUUGCUCCCUUGUAAAUAGGCAGACAGGAUGCCGCUAUCCUAUUCAGGAAGACCAUGGUCUUGGGACUCUGCAGUGCCGUGUGGAAGGCAGUUACAUUGGCUCCCAGAAUGUUAGUUUCUCAGUAGUUAACAAAGGCAAGUCCAUGGUACACAAGAACGCAUGGCUGGUCAGUGCUAAGCAGGACCUUUUCCUGUACCAGACGUACUCAGAAAUACGAUCUGUGUUUCCAGAAACUGGGAGCCUUGGGGGAAGAACAGACAUCACAAUUAUAGGAGACUUCUUUGAUGACCCCUCCCAGGUUACCAUUGCAGGCAUUCCUUGUGAUAUUAGACACGUGUCUCCCAGGAAGAUCGAGUGCACCACCAGGGCUCCAGGAAGAGGUACAAGGCUUUCUGCUCCUCAGGCAGGCAAUCGAGGACUUCUUUUUGAAGUUGGAGAUGCUCCUGAGGGCUUGGACCUGACUGAAGCCACCCCUGGGUACAGAUGGCAGAUCGUCCCUAAUGCCAGUGCCCCAUUUGGAUUUUGGUCAAAGGAAGGGCAACCCUUCAGGGCACGGCUCAGUGGGUUCUUUGUGGCCCCAGAGACAAAUAAUUACACUUUCUGGAUCCAGGCUGACAACCAGGCGUCCUUGUAUUUCAGUCGGUCAGAGGAUCCAAAGACCAAGGUAAAAGUGGCCUCCAUCAGGGUGGGCACUGCCAGCUGGUUUGACUCCUGGGAGCAGAAUGGGGGUGAAGAGAUCUGGGCACAGAAGACCCCCCAGCUGGAGCUGCUUGGGGGAGCCAGAUACUACCUGGAGGCAGAGCAUCAAGGGAGAGCCCCCAGCAGUGGGGUGAGGAUUGGUGUCCAGAUCCACAACACCUGGCUGAAUCCUGAAGUGGUCAACACAUACCUCCGGGAGAAGCAUCAGAUCCGAGCCCAUGCACAGAGACUUCCAGAAAUCCAGAUGCUGACUGUGUCCGGCACAGGGAACUUCUUCCUUACCUGGGACAAUGUCUCAAGCCAGCCGAUCCCUGCAAAUGCCACGGCCUAUCAGAUUCAAACAGCCAUUGAGGAGUUACUUGCAGUCAAAUGCAAACUGAAACCCCUUUCAGCAAACAUCCUGCUCCAGCUGGGAUUUGAACAAGGGCCGGAAGGUUCCAGUUCCGAUGGGAACAUCACCAGUGGGACGGAGCCCUUCUGUGGGAGGUUCAGUCUCCAUCAGCCUCAUCACCUUGUCCUGACACCGCCUGCUGCCCAGAGGGGCUACCGGCUAGAUCAGUACACACACUUGUGCAUUGCAUACAAGGCCCAUGUGAACACGAUCCUGAGGGUGACCCUGUCCUUCACGAUCGGCUUUCAAAACACCGUGAAGAAGAACGUCACCUGUGACUGGAGCCUCGCGGGAACCAGUCCCAGCAGCUGGCAGUUCACCUGCACUGACCUCUGGAAGGUGUGUGUGCAGCAUUCCUUGCCCCUCCAGCCACCUCCUGUGAACUCCUCAGUGCUGGUUCAUCAGAUUGACCUCCUGCCUUUGUCUCCGGAGAUGGGCGUGUUCUCUGUGGAUGAGAUUUUUAUUGCAGACACUAACCUAACAGUGUCUCAGGCUGACUCUGGAACUGCUCGCCCUGGUGGGAACCUGGUGGAGUUACUCUCAGUGGUGGGAUCCCCUCCCAUCUACAAUGUGACCUCCUGGUUGGUGGGGUGUGGCCUGGAGCUCCCGCUCAUCAGGGCAAGCUCUGUGCCCCCCGAAGGGGCAGAAGAAGGAUCCGGGUUGGUUCAGGUGACAACACAGAGACUGCAGAGGACAAGUCUGCCUUUAGGAGGACAUUUCCGCAUCCACCUUUCUAACACAGAGAUUCCUGGUGUCCCUGUGCACAUCUCAGCCAGUCACCUCCAAAAGCUCUUGCAGAACAAUGCUGAUGAUUUCACAUCCAGGUACCUCAAUGUCAGUGACUUCACUGUGACAGAGGCUCUUAAGUCUUGCUACGAACAUGUGUGGACCCUCUCCUGGUCCACCCAGGUUGGGGACUUGCCUAACUUCAUCAGGGUCUCCGAUGAAAACCUAACGGGCGUGAACCCUGCCGUGACUGCUCGUGUGGUGUACGAUGGUGGAGUCUUUCUUGGACCUAUAUUUGGAGACAUGUUGGUCACUCCCAACCAGUACGCCCAGGUGGUUGUGAGAGUGAAUGACAUACCAGCUCAUUGUUCGGGUUCCUGUUCGUUCCAGUACCUCGAAGGGUCUACUCCCCAGGUCCACUCUGUGUGGUAUGCCCCCGAUGACACUGGUCUACUGGUUCAUAUUACCGGAAUGAGAUUCUCUGAUGACCUGGAGGCCCUGCAAGUUAGAGUGAACGAAACGAGCUGUAAAGUUAUUUUCUCCAACCAAACGAAUGUGAUGUGUCAGCUGGGCCUGCUGCCUGUUGGAAAGCAUCAGCUCACAAUGUUGGUGAGACCCUCUGGUCUUGCCAUCCAUGCCAGAGGAGGAGGCCUCUUCCUAAACGUGGAGCCCAGACUAGAUGCCGUGGAACCUUCCAGAGCUGCAGACAUUGGAGGGUUCUGGGCCACCAUUCAAGGCUCUAGUUUGGAAGAUGUUAGCCUGGUGUUAUUUGGAUCCCAGUCUUGUACCAUCAAUGUCACCACAAGCAAUUCACAAAGAAUUCAAUGCAAGGUUCCACCCCUGGGGAAUGAUGGACCUAUUGUGAAUGUGACUGUGAUCAGAGGGGACCAUUCUGUGGUUCUUCCCAUGGCAUUUACAUAUGUCUCCUCUUUAAAUCCAGUAAUCGUGUCUCUGAGCAGAAACAGGAGCAACAUAGCAGGAGGUGAGACGCUUUCCAUUGGAAUGGUGCUCCCAGUCAACUACACGGAUCUGGAUGCUGAAGUCCACAUUGGGGACACCCAGGCUCAGGUUCUUACGUGGACGGCUUGGGGCCUGGAGGUGGUGCUGCCCCCGCUGCCCACUGGGCUCCACGGAAUCUCAGUCUCCAUCAACGGGGUCUGCAUUGGCGCACAGGGGGUGGACCUGCACAUCCAGUACCUCACAGAAGUCUUCAGCAUCCAGCCUUGCUGUGGGUCCCUUCUGGGUGGCACCAUCCUCAGCAUCUCAGGAAGAGGGUUCAGCCCGAAUUCAGCUUUGGUUCGGGUGCUAGUGGGCAACCGGUCCUGUGAGGUCGUGAACUCAACAGAGAGGAGCAUCUGGUGUGAGACCCCGCCGGCGCCCCUGCCACCUGGUGCCCCAGCCCAUGUGGAGGUCUGGGCUGGCGGUGAGCCCUCCCCGCACCAAGCUCCGCCUAGCCUGGUGGCGGGGGGCUUCACCUUCACAUAUGAAGAGGCGGCAACACCAGUGGUCACUGCCACACGAGGGGAAAUGACGCAUCACAGCCUGAGGCUCUACGUGGAGGGACAUAACCUCUCCGACUCUGUGAUCCUCCUGGGAGGCUUGAGCUGCGAUCUGGAGCCCCAGCUUCUCGAGGGCAACGCCAGCCUGUCUGCAUGCACCUUUCCUCUUGGCAGUUUGGAGGCAGGCACCUAUCCUCUCCAAGUGCGGCAGAGGCAGAUGGGGUUUGCUGACCUGCCUGCGGGGUCCCAGAAAUUUGUGGUGACACCUCGGAUAACAGCCCUUUCCCCAACACACGGGUCUACUUGUGGAGGCACUGUUCUCACGGUGAUCGGCUCAGCUUUCAGCUCCAGCCGGAGAUCCGUUCAGGUUGACCUUUCGGGUCCUUACUCCUGUGUGAUUUUGAGUUUAGGGGACCAGACCAUCCUCUGCCAGAUCACCCUGUCAGAUGACCCCUUACCUGGCGCCUCCUUCACCCUGAACGUCACCGUCCUGGUUAACGGGCUACCUAGCGAGUGUCUGGGGAACUGCACCCUCUCCCUGUGUGAAGAGACAACCCCUGUCCUGGACGCCUGGACCGUGAAUAUCAGUGGGUCUCUGACCACAGUGCUGAUUAGGGGUCAGAGGUUAGGCAUCACAGCUGAAGCGCCAGUGGUGUUGGUGGAUGAUCUCCUGCUUUGCACUGUAACUUUCUUUAAUACAAGCCACACAGCCUGCUGGAUAAGUGACUUGACCCCAGGACCACACUCCCUGUCCAUUUUUCAUGCGAGAUAUGGGUAUGCUUGUUCCGGUAACAUUUCCAGACACUUUGACAUUUUGCCUCAAGUGUUUCAUUAUUUCCCCAAGAAUUUCAGCCUGCAUGGUGGAGGCCUCUUGACCAUGGAGGGCACAGCCCUGAGGGCACGGAACACCACCCUAGUCUCUGUUGGCGGGCAGGCCUGCCUGACCCUGAACCUCAGCUCUGAGCUCAUCCAGUGCUCUGUGCCUGCAGGGAGCGGCUCUGUUGCUCUGGACCUGGAGGUAGAUGGUCUUUCAUACCAGGUGGGCGUCAUACACUACAGCCACGCCUUCACCCCCGAACUAAUCUCUCUUUCUCAGACUGAUGAUACCUUAACCUUAUCGGUAGCCCGGAUCUCAGACGCUUCGAACGUUGACAUUUUUAUCGGGGUGUCCCCCUGUGUGGGAGUUUCUGGCAACCAUACGGUUCUCCAGUGCCUGGCCCCGCCUCUUCCCGCUGGGCAGUACCAAGUCCGAGGUUAUGACUACUCCAGAGGCUGGGCCUCAUCAGACCUGGUGUUCGUGUCCAGAGUGACCAUUACAGCAGUGACUGAGAACUUUGGCUGUCUGGGUGGAAGGCUUGUGCAUGUGUUUGGAGCAGGAUUUUCCCCCGGGAACAUCUCAGCUGCCCUGUGCGGUGCUUCCUGCCAAGUCUUGGCUAACACGACAGUGUCUGCCUUCAGCUGUUUGGUUCCGCCCCUGGAUGUGUCCUUGGCUUUCCUGUGUGGCCUGAGGCUAGAGGAGGAGGACUGUGUGGCCUCCAGCAGCAGCUACGUGCAGUGCGAUUUGACGGUCACUGUGGGGACAGAAAGGCUGCCCGAAUCAUGGCCUUACUUCUACAUGUGUGGAGAGAGUUCCAGAUGCCUCUUUGUCCAAGAUCAUCAGACAGAGUCAGUCUUUCCUUCGCUCUCAGGCCUUCUCAUCAGCCCUAAAGUGGAAAGAGAUGAAGUUCUCAUCUAUAAUAGCUCCUGUACCAUUACCAUGGAAACUGAGGCAAAGAUGGAGUGUGAGACGCCUAAUCAGCCAAUUACCGCCAAGAUUACUGAGAUACGGAAAAGCUGGGGCCAGAACACUCAGGGCAACUUUCCCUUUCAGUUCUGCGGGAGGUGGUCCAGGGCUCACAGCUGGUUUUCUGGGAGACGGCCACAAGAGGGCGACAACGUCACGGUGGAGAAGGGCCAGCUGCUCCUUCUGGACACCAACACCAGCAUCCUCAACUUCCUGCACGUGAAAGGAGGGAAGCUGAUUUUCCUGGACCCAGGACCCAUCGAGCUCAGGGCGCACGCCAUCCUUGUUUCUGAUGGUGGCGAGCUCCGGAUUGGAUCCGAGGAUAAGCCCUUCCGAGGCAAAGCUUCGAUCAAACUCUACGGGAGUGCCUACACUACUCCUUUCUUCCCAUAUGGAGUCAAGUUCCUGGCUGUGAGAAACGGAACUCUUUCCCUGCAUGGUUCACUCCCAGAAGUUGUAGUCACUCAUCUCCGAGCAGCUGCCUCUGCUGGUGACACAGUGUUGGCUCUGGAAGAUGCUGUGGACUGGCACCCCGGGGAUGAAGUCGUUGUCAUCAGUGGGAUGGAUGCCGACGAUGCCGAGCCCAUGGAAGAGAUUGUCACCGUGGAGACCAUGCGAGGUGCAGACCUCCAUCUGAGGUCACCGUUGAGAUUUUCUCAUAAUGCCACAGAGAAUUGGAUGGCUGGAGAGCACCAUGUUUUAAAGGUCAUGGUGGCAGUUCUCAGCAGAAGUAUUACGCUGCAGGGAAAUCUCACUGAGGAGAGGCUGAAAUUCCUCGCUUCAUGCCAAGGGGCCAGUUCCUCAGGUAACUUGCAGAACUGUUUGUAUUCCAAGAGUGAGAAGAUGUUGGGAUCCAGAGAUCUGGGGGCCAGAGUCAUUAUUCAGUCCUUUCCAGAGGAGCCCAGCCAGGUCCAGUUGGAAGGAGUGCAGCUCCAGGACUUGGGGCAAGCCUUCCGUGAGCAUGUGAGCUCGCUGACUCUGGUGGGAAAUCUGGCAGGUUCCUAUGUGCAGGGCUGCACAGUAUGGCUUUCCUUCAGCAGGGGCCUCAGCAUGUCCAGAACCUCAGGCCUGAAGGUGGACAGUAAUGUGUUUUAUGAUAUUUUAGGCCAUGCACUGCUUGUGGGUACAUCCCCUGAGAUAAGAUAUAUCCCCUCAGAGGUUAUUCCCACAGGAGAAAAUGACUGGCCAGAACAGGGAAAUAUAAUAAGGAACAACGUGAUCAUCAGGGUUGCUGGCGCUGAGGGACUCUCCAGUCCUGAAAUGUUGGCGCCUUCUGGCAUCUACAUCCGCGAUCCCACCAAUGUUGUGGAGGGAAACCAGGUGUGUGCUUCUGGUUAUGGCUACUUUUUUCAUCUUGUGACCAACCAAACAUCCCAAGCUCCGCUUCUCUCUUUCACCCGGAAUAGUGCUCAUUCUUGUACGAGGAGUGGUCUCAUUGUCUACCCUAAGUUUCAGCCACCUUGGGAUAAUGGCACCAGCCCUACCUUGUUGCAACAUUUCACAGUUUGGGGAAGUGCAGGUGGUGCCCAGAUUUUUAGAAGCAGCAAUCUUCGCCUGGAAAACUUCCAGGUAUAUGCAUGCAGAGAUUUUGGAAUUGACAUCUUGGAAAGUGAUGGAAAUACUUCAGUUACUGACAGCUUAUUACUUGGUCAUUUUGCCCACAAGGGAAGCCUCUGUAUGUCAGCUGGGAUCAAAACUCCCAAAAGGUGGGAACUGAUCAUAUCUAACACAACCUUUAUGAAUUUUGAUCUCACGGACUGUGUGGCCAUCAGGACCUGUUCAGGCUGCUCCCGAGGACAGGGUGGGUUUACUGUGAAGACCAACCAGUUGAAAUUCACAAACUCUUCAAACUUGGUAGCAUUUCCAUUUCCUCAUGCAGCAAUUUUGGAAGAUGUGGAUGGGUCUCUGUCUGGGAAAAAUCGAAGUCACAUUCUUGCGUCUAUGGAAACCCUUUCAGCUUCUUGUUUGGUCAAGGCCAGCUUCAGUCAGCUUGUCCAUGGCAGUGUCUGUGAGGAAAAUGUUCUCUUUCAUCGUAUGUCUAUUGGUUUAGCCAGUGCCCCGGAAAUUCCUUAUGAUUUAACCAUCACGGACAGCAAAAAUAAGACAACCACUGUGAGUUAUGUGCACAACACACUGUCUAACCUUUAUGGCUGGAUGGCUCUGCUCUUGGAUCAGGAGACCUACUCACUGCAAUUCGACAGCCCUUGGUCCAAUUGCUCUUUGCAGUACUCAGCAACAUUUGACAACUUUGCUCCUGGGAAUUACCUGCUGAUCGUGCACACAGACAUACCUUGGCCUUACCCUGACAUCCUUGUAGGGUGCGGGAGUCAAGUGGGGCGAGCCCUCCCGUCUCUUCCAUCACCUGGUCAGGACCAAGGCUGUGACUGGUUCUUCCAUAGCCACUUGAGACAACUCACCUAUCUGGUUUCAGGUGAAGGACAAAUUCAAGUAAUUCUCCAGGUGAGGGAAGGGGUGGCCCCAACUAUUUCAGAUUCUACCCCUGCACGUGAAUCAUCUAUAAAAUGGUCCCUCCCUGAUGCGUGGGAAGGUGUGGAAAAGGGUUGGGGAGGACACGGUGGUACUAUUCCAGGCUCUGGGGAUGACGUCCUGAUUUUACCCAACAGGACUGUCCUUGUGGAUACAGAUCUUCCACUCCUCAGAGGCCUCUAUGUGAGGGGAACUCUAGAAUUCCCUGUGGACAGAAGCAACGUUCUGAAUGUGGCAUGCAUGGUCAUUGCAGGCGGGGAGCUGAGAGUCGGUACUUUAGAAAAUCCCUUAGGAAAAGAAAAAAAGCUGCUGAUUUUCCUUAGAGCUUCAGAGGGAGUCUUUUGUGAUCGUUUCAAUGGAAUUCGUAUUGAUCCAGGAACAAUUGGGGUAUUUGGGAAAGUUCAGCUUCACAGCGCUUAUUCUAAGAAAUCCUGGACACAUCUUGGGGCUGACAUUGCUUCAGGCAAUGAGAGAAUUAUAGUAGAGGAUGCUGUGGAUUGGCGACCCCAGGACAAGAUUGUCCUUAGCUCCUCUUCUUAUGAGCCUCAUGAAGCCGAGGUCCUCACGGUGAAAGAAGUCAGGGGCCACCACGUUAGGAUCCAUGAGCGGCUCAGACACCGUCACAUUGGAAGCGUCCACAUCAUGGAAGAUGGUCGACAAGUUCGUUUGGCUGCAGAGGUUGGACUUUUGACCCGAAAUAUACAAAUCCAGGGGGAUACAGCAUGCGGGGGUAGUCUACUUGUGGGAUCCUUCAGGAAGUCCAGUGGGGAAGAAUUUUCAGGUGUCCUUCAACUUCUCAACGUGGAAAUUCAGAACUUUGGGUCACCACUGUAUUCAUCCAUCGAAUUCACUAAUGUGUCGGCAGGAUCCUGGAUAAUAUCAUCUACUCUGCACCAGAGCUGCGGUGGGGGAAUUCAUGCGGCUGCCAGUCAUGGGAUCAUUUUAAAUGACAACGUGGUGUUUGGUACAGCUGGCCAUGGUAUCCAUUUGGAGGGGCAGAACUAUUCUCUGUCUAAGAAUCUUUUGGUUCUGAUGACACAGUCAGCCUGGUCACCUGUUUGGGUAGCAGGAAUCAAAGUGAAUCAGGCAGAGGAUAUCCAUCUCCAUGGCAAUGCUGUGGGAGGAUCCGAGAGACUUGGCUUUCACAUCCAGGGGCACAGGUGCUCCUCUUCUGAAGUUCUUUGGUCUGACAAUGUGGCUCACUCAAGUCUCCAUGGCAUCCAUCUCUAUAAGGAGAGUGGACCUAACAACUGCACUAGUAUCUCCGGCUUCUUGGCUUUCAAGAACUUCGACUAUGGUGCCAUGCUCCAGGGGGAGAACAGCAUGCAAAUAGAAAACAUCACACUGGUAGACAAUGCUGUUGGCCUUUUGGCAGUAGUUUAUGUGUCUUCUGCUCCACAGUGUUAUAUCAGAAAUAGAGAGAUUGUGCUGAGAAAUUCAGUCAUUGUGGCCACCAGCUCGUCUUUUGACUGCAUUCAGGACAGAGUUAAGCCUCGCUCUGCCAACUGGACAUCAGCUGAUCGAGCUCCUUCCAGUCCCAGAGGGGGUCGAGUUGGUAUAUUGUGGCCUGUGUUCACCUCAGAACCAAAUCGGUGGCCCCAGGAGCCAUGGCACAAAGUGAGGAAUGGCCAUUUAAUUUCAGGCAUCAUGAAACUUCAAGGUGUGACCUUUUCAAGUUUUGUGAAGAGUUGCUACAGCAAUGAUCUAGACAUCUGCAUUGUGUCCAAUUCGGAGAACACUGGAAUCGUGCCUCCAAUAACAGCAGAGAGAACCAGGAUGCUGAAGAUCAAAGACAAAAACAAGUUCUACUUAUCUCCUUUACAAACCAGGAAAGACUUAAGACUGGUCUGCUCUGAAUCAGAUUGUGAAAGCCCUAGAAAAUAUCUCUUUAAGGAUCUGGAUGGGAGAGCCCUGGGCCUGCCUCCACCGGUGUCUGUAUUUCUUAAAACUGAAGGGGAAUGGACUGGAUCCUUCUUCAACACAGGCACAUUCAGAGAAGAGCAGAAAUGCACAUACCGAGCUCCAAUACAAGGCUACAUCUGCAAGCAGACUGACCAAGUGAUCUUAAUUCUUGACAGUGCUGAUGCCACGUGGGCCAUGCAGAAGUUAUAUCCAGUUGUAUCUGUGACUAGUGGAUUUGUUGACACCUUUAGUAGCAUAAAUGCCAAUACUCCCUGCUCCACUUCAGGGUCUGUAUCUGCUUUCUAUUCCAUUUUACCCACCAGGGAGAUCACCAAGGUCUGCUUUGUGGAUCAGACUCCUCAAGUCUUGCGUUUUUUUCUAUUGGGGAACAAAAGUACCUCCAGGCUCCUCUUGGCUGUGUUCUACCAUGAACUUCAGAGCCCCCAUGUUUUCUUAGGGGAAAGACUCAUUCCGCCUACUCUGGUUCAAUCAGCUUCCUCACUGCUGAAUGAGCCUAUUGGCUCCAACUAUUUCAGCAUCAUGGAUAACCUCUUGUAUGUUGUCCUGCAAGGAGAGGAGCCCGUUGAAAUACGCUCAGGUGUUGCCAUUCAUUUGGCCCUCACUGUGAUGUUUUCAGUUCUAGAAAAAGGCUGGGAAGUCAUGAUCCUUGAAAGACUAACUGACUUCUUAAAGGUUUGCCAAGACCAGAUCAGACUUAUUCAUGAGAUACCUGGCGAUGAAUCAACCUUAAAGGCCAUUGCUGACAGUAAAACAAAGCGAAAACGCAAUUGCCCAAUUGUGACUUGUGUCAAUCAUGAUAGAGCUGGUCAACGUAGACCUCUCAUGAUAGAGAUGAGCUCAUAUCGAGUCUUAUCGCCAACCACUAUGGACACUGUCUCAAAAGUGAUGGUCAUUGAAAUUGGUGAUCCGCCAACAAUGAGGAACACUGGACCAAUUCCAUCCUUAUCAAGUAGCAAAUUACAGAAUCUGGCUCACCAGGUGAUCACUGCUCACCAGAUAGGAGUACUAGAGAAUGCUCUAAAUAUCACUGUUGGGGCCCUACUGGUGACUCAGUCAAAGGGAAUCAUCAGCUCUGGAAAUACAAGCAGUUUCGAAACUGGAAACUUGAUAUAUAUUCGGCCCUCUGCUCUUAAAGUCCUAGUCCAGCCUUCAGAUGGAGAAGUGGGAAGAGAACUUACCGUCCAACCCCAGCUCGUUUUUCUGGAUAAGCAGAAUCGGACAGUAGAGUCCCUGGGGCCUCCAUCAGAGCCUUGGGCUAUUUCUGUUUCCCUGGAAGGGACAUCUGAUUCUGUGCUGAGAGGAUGUACUUGGGCAGAAACUCAAGAUGGUUAUGUGAGCUUCUCCAACUUGGCAGUUUUGAUCUCUGGGUCAAAUUGGCACUUUAUUUUUACUGUCACUUCCCCUCCAGGGGCCAAUUUUACAGCUCGCUCCAGGUCAUUUGCUGUCUUACCUGCAACUCCAUCCGAGAAGUCCACCAUCAUCCUGGCUGCCUUCCUGUGCUCCGGGGUCUCAUGGAUGGCUCUGUGCUGCCUCAUAUGUUGUUGGUUUAAGAAAAGCAAAAGCAGAAAAAUAAAAAGUGAAGAGAUUUCUGAAUCCCAGAUUAAUGAUCCAAAGAAUUGUAUCCAUGUCUUAUCCAAAUGCCAAGGAACACACGUGGAGACUAAAAAAGAGGGCCCCGUGAUGGCAGAAGAUUUGAAGUUAAAGCUCAUGCGGGGCAAGCUGAACCAGGUGCCCCAUCAUUCACUGAAUGGCGUGUCCAGAAGGAAGCUGAGUCGCCCUGCGGUCCGAGAGGAAGGUGGCAGCAGAGGAGAGGCUGCGGUGCCUUCUCCCAGUACCAGCAGUGUCGCCUUACAUAGGAACACCAGUGCUCCAGACCUUCCUGCUCAGCAGCUGUGUCUGCAGGAGACUGAGAGCUGGAAGGGGGCGCAGGAGCAGGUGCUCAGAUAUCAUCUGGCAGGCCAAGAUCAGAUGCUCCUGCUCUGCGGGGACCUCAGACGAGAGAGGCAGCAAUUGCAGGACCAGCAUUGUCUGGGCGAGGAAAAUGUCAACCUUGGGCUUUCCCAGGAGAAGGCGGCCUCUUGCCGUGCCACCGAGGCGUUCUGCCUCCAUUCAGUACGUUCGGAAGCUGUUCAGGCAGCUGUGAUCAAGAAGCAGUGAGGGCGUUUGAGUUGAAAGUCAUGUUCAGAAUAUUUCUAAAUCAUGACGAGCAGAGGAGAUGAGCUCUGACUAGUUUGGACACUAGGAAGGAAGAAUAUGGACUCUGAAUUCUCUGCUUUCAAUUUUAAAAUGGAAGACCAUCCCUUAAAUGAUUGUAGAUUGAAACGGUUAUCUAUGGGGUUUUUUUGUUUGUCAUGAAUCCUAAUAGAAUGCCAGACAAACAAUAGGUUCCCAAAUAUUUGUUAAUUUUUACAUGUUUUUGCCUGAAACUGAUUAUCUUCCUGGUUUUGCAGUUUUAGCAAUGAUAUAAUACUAAUUUUUACCAGUAGGGGGCGUCAUUAGCUUCUCUAAGAUGACCACCCACAAUGCUUUGGGCUUCUCUUACUGAAGUUACCCUGAAAGGUCUGAUCUGCUACAGUUAAUUCUACAGCAUAAAGCAAAACAUUUCCUUAUCCUCUGGGACUAUUUGAAGGACAGAAGAUCCCAGUCCUUGAUCUGUGAGAGUUUAUCUUCCAACCACAGGGCAACUGCCUGGUUUUUUCACAAGCUGACUUUAUUUCAUGGCUUAAAUUCAAUCAUUAUUAGGAGCUCAUGGAUGAGCAAAUAUAUCACGUUUGCACUUCUUGAGUACUGACACAUGGAAGUUAAUAUUCUCAUGGGCUUUGCUGAGAUUUUAGUUAAGGACAAAGAUAUAAAAAUAGCAAGUUUGGGGAAAGAAAUUAUCCAUGGACCACAGUUAUAUUUUACAAUAGUCUUUUUUGUCAAUAACUGAGUCCAACUUAUAACUGGGAGAAAACCGUAUUGGGAGACCAGAGAUGACCAAGUGGCUGAGUGGAUUUAUCAGCUAACUUAAUUAUUACAGAACUGCUUUUUGGAGAAGAGAAUUCAUAGAGGAGAGAUUAUAUCAUGUGUAGCCUCUCUAGGCUGUGUGCUAGGGGUUCACAUGGUGAUCAGAGCAGAUAGUUGACUGAUGGUAAGUUGAGUAAGGAUAUGAAAGGCAAUGUCACCAAAUUCACACAUUUGUAGAGCUAUGUGUUCAAACUAAGUGAUGCUGUAAGCAAUCUGACUGUAUCCUUGGUUCUGGAUCCAGAAGCUUUUAUAUGCCAAAGGAGUAAAGCCAAGACAGCAGAAGUGAGGAAACUAUCUAGAAAGAGCUGACGUUCAGCUUUUCCCUAAAUCUAAAACCAGGAUUUUUCAAUCUCUGAAAGCUGAAGGGGCUGUCCUAUGUUUGGAUUAGAACAGAAGAAAGAUGCAGAACUUUAAACAAUGAUGUCCUGGAAUUAGCCCCAGAGGAGAUACUAGCAGAAAGUCAUUUUCUGAGGGUAUCGCUCCAUCACGAGCUGGUGGGAAAGUUCUCAGUCUCUCUGUCCAUUCUUUAGGUGUCUUGUGGACAUCUCAGACCUUAAAGCUACCCCCAGAAGGAGUGCUGGAGUCUUUGGGUCCUCAAAGAGUUGUAAUAUUUUGGUACAAACACAUGGCAGAAGCUAAGGUUUUGAGGCGUAUAAAACCACCUGAGAAGGGUUUGUCUGCACAUGCUCCCUGUCACCACCUCCAAUUCCAGCCCAGCUAUCUUUCCUGAGCUCUGUAGGAUUUAUCGAGCUGCCUACCGAGGAUUUCCACUAGGUUAUCCCACAGCCGUUACACGGGUAAGAGGACCUGAAACUUGCCACUGUGUUCAGACCAGAAAUCUAGAAAUCAACCAUGACUUCGCCGUCUCGCUCACCCUUCCCCCAAAGUCAGCUAUCAGCUGUUAUUUCUACCCCUUCUUUACCCUUCUCCCAGUCUCUACCAUCUCCUUAUCCAUCCUCCAGGUGUGAAUGAAACAUGAUCUUUCUGGAAAACAUGUUUGACCCUAUCCCUCUGUUUAGGAACAACCACAAUUGCCUAAUAACUCUACCCUAGCAAAUCGUAGGGGCCUUGAGGUCAGAAUGGACUCUUUGGGCCUGAAUAUCCAGAGUGGACUUGGAGAGCACUUCCCUCUGUCAUGGCCUUUCAGAGUCUAGCCACAAUCCCCAACUCAGGUAAGUCAGUUCUCUUUUUCCUCCUCAUAAAAGUGGGAGAAUUGGGUAAAUGCUGGAAGCAAAGAGAGCAGAUGUCCAUUCAUUAUAUCUGGAGAUGCGCUGACUAGAUAAAGUACCACUGUAGGUCAACCCUAAACUUACUCAGGCCAUUGACAGAGGGAAGCCAUUAAAAGUUUCUCAGCAAUAACAAGACUUACCCUUAUUCAAAUAAGUAAUUGAAAAUUGUGUUAUUCCUGUGACAUUUCAAAGAAUCUCUGCUUACCUCCCACUUCCGGCUUUCUAGUAGUGGACUCUCUCCCCCCAAGAUAUUGAACAAACUAAAAUACUAGAGAGUUGAAAAAUAAUCAUAAGUAUUUAUGGAUGUUGAAGCUGAAAGGGAUGAUGGGAGCUGGGGUAGUUUCCACCAGUUCUCGAGUUUUGGGGACUGUGUUCAGAGAAGGUAACAGACACUGACAGAGCUUCCUGUCUCUCAGAGUGAGAGCCUGGGCCAAUCUGACUUGCCCCUUUUAUUGCCCAAAGAGGCUGCUGAAUAUCAAGAGGCUUUAGUCACUCAGGAUUCAAGGAUUUCAAAGAUUAUUCAAUUGAAUGACUUUCUUCCAUCUAGCAGUCCAACUCCAAAUGUAUAAAAUGACUAUACAUUGAAAGGUAUGCAAACUAUAUGCAAAAAUGAAUGUGGAGAAAUCAAAUGUAAAUCACAUGCAAAUAUUACUCAACCAAAUUCCUAUAAAAUGUCAUGUACAUGUCAAUAAUAGUAAAGAAUUUUAAUUACCUUCAUCAUUUAAAAUUCAUGUAUUUAUUCCACAUCUUGUUUCCAGAAUUUAUAAUGCAUUCACUGUCAAUUCUGAAAGAGCUAUAAGCAAAAGGAAUUACUCUACUAAGUGUAGAACAGUUGAUUUCAACUUACAUUAUAUCACUAUGGCCAAUUACAGAUAUGAUUGAGGGGCAAACCACAUUUCCAUAAUGUAAUUUUUUAAAAAGGGAUAAAACAUUUUUUAUAAACUUAAAUGUAUACAUGUAUACAUGAUUGAAUACAUAGAUUUGGGUAUUUACAAAUAUUCGUCUAGAAUGUGUUAUUUCUAGACCUCAAAAAAGACUGGGGAUUUCUUUGCUUGGCACAAUUCAAGAAAAGAAUAGAUUCUGCUCAUCAACCUGGUCUGUUUUCAGACAGAUUUGUUUAAUGCUUUUAAAGGACUUUCUAGAAUUCACUGUUAUUCAAAUUGAUUUUCUUCUGGAUUAUUUCUUAUUUCAGUCUCAAAAUGAUGACCUUAUUAUCACUAUAUCUUUCAUUUCAAAAUAAGUAGUCAUUAUGAGAGGAAAGAAAAUCAAUUUCCUUACGAAAAGUAUGGGAAAGAAAUACCACUCUUCUCUCCACUUUAUAAUGAGAAAUAGUCAAUUGCUGAAUGCUUACAAUCGUGCAAGUCAAUCUUGGAAACAUUUUUGGACUGAACCUGCCUCUUUUAAAAAAAAUUAUGUAAUAUAAUGGUACAUCUAUCUAGUAGAAUGACUGCUGUAGAAGAUUGUUCAAGAUAUAAUGUUAUGCUAAAAUA